CCUCAUUUCUAUGGAAAUUCUUUCUUCUACUCUCCGGUCUUUCUUCGUCGGUUCUGCGAAAUUCUGAGAUUCAAAUUUGAUCCAUGACACUGCACAGAUGCGAAUUCAGCUUCAUCGGCAAGUGUCUAUCUCGGAAACUCCCGUUCGAUUCCGCUUGAUCAGAGAAAAGAAUUCAACUUGCUAGAACUUUUUGUUUCUGGAGUCUUGUUGAUAACUGUUGAUGGGUGCCCCCAAGCAGAAGUGGACAGCUGAAGAAGAAGCGGCCCUUAAAGCUGGAGUGCUUAAGCAUGGAACUGGAAAGUGGCGUACGAUUCUCUCAGAUUCUGAAUUUAGUUCAGUUCUAAGAUCCCGUUCGAAUGUGGAUCUCAAGGACAAAUGGAGAAAUAUAAGCGUGACGGCAUUAUGGGGGUCUAGGAAGAAGGCCAAACUCGCGCUUAAAAGAACUCUACCAACUCCUAAGCAGGAUGGCAACUCCACAGCUCUUAGCAUUGUUCCUGUGGGUAAUGAUGAAGGAAAAAUAAAUUCAUCACCCCCGGAAAAUUCUGGUGAAUCACCACGGUAUGAUGCUUCGAAAAGAUCGAUUACAAGCUUGGAUAAGAUCAUCUUAGAGGCCAUCACCAGCCUGAAGGAACCGCGCGGUUCUGACAGAACAUCAAUCUUUCUGUAUAUAGAGGAUAAUUUCAGGACGCCGCCCAAUAUGAAAAGGCAUGUGGCAGUAAGGCUAAAGCAUCUGACAUCGAUUGGCACAUUAAUUAAGACAAAGCACAAAUACAGGAUCGCUUCAGGUUCAGUGACAACAGGAGCAAGACAGAGGUCUCCUCAACUACUCUUGGAAGGAAACAGGGAAGAUACACCAAAUGUGGAAGAGAAUGGUGUAAAAAAUCUGAGUAAAUCCCAGGUUGAAGGGGAGCUAUUUAAGAUAAAGGGCAUGACCGCCCAAGAGGCUGCUGUAGCGGCUGCGAGAGCAGUAGCAGAGGCUGAAUUCGCAAUUGCCGAGGCUGAAGAGGCAGCAAGAGAGGCAGAGAAAGCUGAAGCCGAAGCCGAAGCCGCCCAGAUUUUUGCAAAGGCAGCGAUGAAAGCUUUGAAGUAUAGGAUGCGUACUCAUGCAUGGUAAAAAAAAGGGGAAAAGCCUUCAUGGCCCAUUUCACUGCAACAGAGCUAUAGCCAUCAUCAAGGUAUUCUCAUUUUAUAAAACACCCCCUUGUCUCGAAAUUGGAUCAUUGAGUUUUUCAAUCUUGCAUCUGGCGAUAUGGCGAAACUGCUGGUCAUUAAAUUUUUUGUUUGGUGUGGUUAGUAACUGUGUAAAUCCCCCCAGCUUGCACGUCCAACAGUUUGGAUUAUGCUGUCCUGUCCUGUCUUUGGUGGAUGCUCUGCUGGGGCCUUACGUUACACUACAUGUAUGUACUUCUUUGUCCGAUCUUGAAACUUAUGUCAUGAGGAAUAAGACCUUAGAUCAUAUUAUUAAUGAAGCAAUUAGAGUUUCUUU